GCUGCUGAGCGCGGCGCGGGCGGGCGGGGCCGCGCGGUCACGUGGCGGUUCGAAGAUGGCGGUGGGGCGCGGGGUGCUGGCGGCCGGGCUGCUCCGCGGGCGCGUGGCCAUCGUCACCGGCGGCGCCACCGGCAUCGGCAGGGCCAUCGCCGCGGACCUGCUGGCGCUAGGUUGCAGUGUUGUUAUUGCGUCUCGUAAAUUCGACCGAUUAAAAGCUGCUGCAGAAGAACUGAAUAACACAUUUUCUUCCAUGAGUCCUGCCCAAGUGACUCCCAUACAGUGCAAUAUCCGCAAAGAAGAGGAGGUAGAAGCUUUAGUGAAGUCUACACUUAGUCUGCAUGGGAAGAUUGACUUCCUGGUGAAUAAUGGAGGAGGACAAUUCUCAAGUCUUUCUGAAGCCAUCCGUGCAAAAGGCUGGAAUGCUGUGAUAGAUACGAAUCUGACAGGCACCUUCUACUGCUGCAAAGCAGUGUACAAUGCCUGGAUGAAGGAACACGGAGGAGUCAUUGUCAACAUUACUGCUGCCGUGAGAAAUGGGUUUCCUGGAAUGUCGCAUACAGGAGCUGCAAGGGCCGCAGUGGAGAACCUAACCAAGACUUUAGCUUUAGAAUGGGCCCACAGUGGAGUAAGAAUCAACAGUGUUGCUCCUGGACUGGUAUUUUCAGAAACCGCUGUUGCGAACUAUGGAGAACAAGGUAUAAUGAUGUGGUUAAAGAGCAUACCAAAGAUUCCUGCUAAAAGGUCAGCAGUUCCUGAGGAGAUCUCUCCCGCAGUGUGUUUUCUACUAUCUCCAGCUGCUUCUUUCAUAACUGGGAUAACCAUGGUUGUGGAUGGUGGCCAAAGUUUGUAUGGCCAUGCCCUAGAGAUACCCGAUCAUGACAGAUGGCCCUCACCACCGGAAGGGAAAAAUUCCGAAAUGCUGAAAAAGCUUCUUUCUGACACGAUCAAGCCAAAGUUGUAAAAGACUGAAAUUUCACCUUAUUCCUAGUUGCACACUUGCUAAUAAUGUUGCUUUGUGAUUUGGUCUUAUUAUUCUCAGUAAUAUAAUUUUUUUUGCUCAUAUAUAGCUACAUUGAGUGCCUUGAUUUUCAUUGGUUUGUAUUUAAAAUCUGAAAGGCUGUACAUAAUAAAUUUAUUCUCUGAAAUAAUCACUGCCUUGAAAACAUUGUCUUUUGCAGAAGGGAAAGUAUAAAAGACAUUCUCCAUUUGCAUAGGCAUUAAAUAAUGAAGAAUCUCAGUCAGAAGUGAAUAAGAAUAUAUUCAUUUUGAAGUGAAGGGAACAGAGUGGAAAUGUUUUGGAACCCUUCUAUUCUGGAUGAAUUUAGGGAGGAGGUCAUUUAAAUCUCUAAUAUUAGCUGCAUCAGUAACCCUUGAGGUAGCUGUCAGCUCUACACUAUUUCUGUUCAGCCACUCACUGAGUAUUCAACGAUGAUUUUAAAGACUUAAUAAGUAUUCCCCUGAAAAGAAUUAAAACUACGGCAGAAUGCUGUUAUGGAACAGGCUGCCCAGGGAAGUGGAGGAGUUGCCAUCCCUGGAGGUCUUCAAAAAGUGUGUAGACAUGGCACUUUGGGAAGUGGUUUAGUAGAUGUAGUGGUGUUACGCUGAUGGUUGGACUGGAUGAUUUUAGAGGUCUUUUUCAACCUUAAUGAUUUUAUGAUUCUAAUUUUUCAGACUAAUAUGGUAUAUUAUUUUGGAAUAUUUUGCAUAGUUUGAAGAUACAACAACAUAAUGGAGUUAAGCUGGCUGCGACUUAAAUAAUAGAAUAAUCAGCUAAUAAACUUAAGCUUUAGCAUACAGUGAUGGAAAACAGUAUAGAUUCAACAACAUAACAUGCAAAGUCUUGAAGCAAAAGCUGUGGUGUAUAUUGCAGUGCUUUCGGCAGUGUGCAAAACGGUUAAAGGAGAAACUUGGAAUCCUUGGUUUCCUGGUGAAAACACUUUCUAUCCAUGUCUUCCCAUGUUAACACAAUUUUGUUCAUCGGGAUCUCUAAAACACAUGAUUCUUGUGAUCAAUAAAGAGAUUCUUUUUUUUAAAAAAACGGAAAAUUUGCAGUAUAUUGCUCAAAGAGGUUAUAUUUGUCAUGACUCCUUUUUUUAUGCAUUUUAAGGCAAGCGUUCCCAUGUCUGAUAACUUCAAUCAAAGUAUAAAAUAUAAGUGAUGACUUUGUUCACUCUAACAAGUGAAAUUUGUGGAAUCAAGUCACUGCUAUAGAAGCAACCUGUUUAAUACUUCAUUUUGGAUUGAAUAUAAGUCUCUGCCAUGUGUUUGUUCUCUGCAAAGAUGUUUAACUUUUUUCUUU